GAUCGAACUUGUAAUAAGUAAAAGUUACAAGUGCUUAUCGCAAAAUAGAACUUUAAGGGCUUAGCAUCGCGACGGAGAAAAUUGUCAGAGCCUUCUCCCUUCCCUUUCUCGGCCUCCGUCAACGUACCAACUAGGCUUUGCAGUCAGGCACCACCAUGGCUCCCAAAAGAGGUGGGAAAGCCCCAAUAGCAGCAAAGAAGAAACCUGAAAAGGUUGUGAACCCUUUGUUUGAGAAGCGGUCGAAGCAAUUCGGCGUUGGUGGUGCAUUACCACCAAAGAGAGAUUUGACAAGAUUUGUCAAAUGGCCACAUGUUGUUCGUAUUCAGAGGAAAAGGAGGAUCUUGAAGCAACGCUUGAAAGUCCCUCCUGCUAUAAACCAGUUCACAAAAGCGCUUGACAAGAACCUUGCUACAAACCUUUUUAAGUUGUUGCUCAAAUAUAGACCUGAGGACAAAGCUGCUAAGAAGGAAAGACUUCUAAAAAGAGCACAAGCUGAAGCCGAGGGGAAGAGUGUGGAGGCAAAGAAACCCAUUGUUGUUAAGUAUGGCCUUAAUCAUGUUACAUACCUCAUUGAGCAGAACAAGGCCCAGUUGGUGGUUAUUGCUCAUGAUGUUGACCCAAUUGAGCUUGUUGUUUGGUUGCCUGCCUUGUGCCGGAAAAUGGAGGUCCCUUAUGCAAUUGUGAAGGGCAAGUCUCGGCUUGGAGCGAUUGUACAUAAGAAGACAGCUGCAGCUUUGUGCCUUACAUCCGUGAAGAAUGAAGAUAAAUUGGAAUUUAGUAAGAUUUUGGAGGCAGUAAAGGCUAACUUUAAUGACAAGUAUGAUGAAUAUCGAAAGAAAUGGGGAGGUGGCAUCAUGGGUACCAAAUCCCAGGCCAAGACCAAAGCAAAGGAGAAACUGCUUGCCAAAGAGGCUGCACAAAGAUUGUCUUAAGCUUGGACGCUUAACGAGCAGAAUGAUGAUUUGACCCUGGGAAAGAAAACAAUAUCAACUAUCAAGACGAUCUUUGCAUGUUUUCACUUUUUUUUUUUGGUGUGUUCAUUGUUUUAUGUGUCAUUUCCGAUAAGUUUUGUACUAAUUGUUUAGCUAAAUCUUGGUUAAAUUAUUAUUGUUUGUUUGGUUGGAGAAAGGAGAUUUUUACAGCCUUGAGUAGAUGAUCUGUAGACAUUAUAUAUGGUGUGUAUCCGUCCAAAGGUAAUGUAUAAGACAUGAUAUCUCCAUCCAAUAAUGAGGUUUGUCAAUCA